AUGUGUGCUUCGGCGUUAAUUGUUCUUGGUGAUAAAAUCCGUGACAAAAUAGACGAACAAACUCAAGAACAGUGGCUUAUGUCUUACAUUGGUAAGUACCAUUUCGAUUUAUGUCAGAAGCUCCCAAACUGGCCAAUAGGUUUGUAGAUUUUUCUGCAAUUUUUGCAAAUGACAGUAAAAGUAGGCGUGGAGUGUGGGGGGAGAUUGUCGUCUUAAGCUGUAAGUGGAGAUUCGGUUAUAUGCAGUGUCCGUUGUCCUGGAAUCGGUAAGGCACAUUCUUUUUGUAAUUUACUAAUUGGCAACGAGAUGGUUUCAGAGAGUUCCUUGCGCCAAGCGAAAAAGGUGCCCUUCCUACUUUCACAGAUUGCACAAAUACCCAAAAUUCUCUAUCUGCGAACUUUAUUUGUAGUUGUCGAUUUCAUAAUAGAGAGUUUUAGAUCCGAGUUUACCGCGAACCUCUAACCGCAGUUUGAGGUUACCCGUUUGUGGUUCGAAGUUCAAACAUAAUUCGAUUUAGAUUGGCGGUGGUUUAAAGAAGUGGAUUCUGGUUUAUUUUUCCAUUUAGAAAUAGAAGAAAUAUCAAUCAGUGAAAAUAAAAGAAAUUUAGAAUAACACUUGGUUAUCUAGCAGCAAAGAGCUGUAAAUUCUUACAUUAGUUCUUCUUGCAAAUUUACGGCCGCCAUUUUGAAUCAGCAGCCAUAAAUGGCACUUGUUUUCAAGAUCCAAUAGGAUUUAUCAAAUUUAGCAUUUCGCCCGAAUUUGUGCCUCUGUCAAUGGAUAAAGACUUGCUCCACAAGAUUUUUGUAUCAUUACGUGAGAUAAAACAAGAAUUUCAGGUAAAUGACCUAUGUGAAAACCUACCUCCCCACGUUGAAAACGCACGUCGUAAACCUCAAACGGGACGCGAAAGACUUGUCACGUGACCUUCAGCGGUUAGAGGUUCGCGGUAAACUCGGAUCUAAAACUCUCUAAUGUAGUUUCCUUCCGUGCUAGGAANAGAAGAAAUAUCAAUCAGUGAAAAUAAAAGAAAUUUAGAAUAACACUUGGUUAUCUAGCAGCAAAGAGCUGUAAAUUCUUACAUUAGUUCUUCUUGCAAAUUUACGGCCGCCAUUUUGAAUCAGCAGCCAUAAAUGGCACUUGUUUUCAAGAUCCAAUAGGAUUUAUCAAAUUUAGCAUUUCGCCCGAAUUUGUGCCUCUGUCAAUGGAUAAAGACUUGCUCCACAAGAUUUUUGUAUCAUUACGUGAGAUAAAACAAGAAUUUCAGGUAAAUGACCUAUGUGAAAACCUACCUCCCCACGUUGAAAACGCACGUCGUAAACCUCAAACGGGACGCGAAAGACUUGUCACGUGACCUUCAGCGGUUAGAGGUUCGCGGUAAACUCGGAUCUAAAACUCUCUAAUGUAGUUUCCUUCCGUGCUAGGAAGGGUUGUCUCACGACGAGGCAAAAAUGAGAGGAAGGAGCUCGUCGUCGUGAGAGACCUCUGCUAGCAGGGAAAUAGUUUCCACGCUAAACGUCAUUUCCUUGUGACAACAGACCUACUAGGACGUCUUCAGCUGUGGUCAGUUGCGACACAGAUCAUCAAACUGUCCAGUCUACCUACUGUCAGGCGCUUGAACAAGGUAAAAUCUAUUUUUCAGCGAAGUGGCACAUGUGUGUCCCUUUUCUGUUUUCAGCCUUUUGAGUACUUGAAAACUUUCGACCCCGGAAAUAAAAUUUUCGAUCUCUCAUGAGCAGGUUUUUGUAUUAGACAUCUGGCCCUAGUUGUUCAAAAGAUAGAUCACGCUAGCUAUCCAGUAGAUAAAUCUCUGUACAGUGGAUAACGCAGUUACUUUCCCUAAUACUUAUCCGCUGGGUAGUGAUUUAUCCGGUGGAUAGCGCUAUCAAGCGUUUGAACAACUGGGUCACGAAUGGAUAACUGUUUAAACCUAUCAGAUUCGCGCAUACGCAGGGGAGCUACAACCUGUUGCAAAAAUACUUGAAGCACUGUACCUUGUUUGGGCUUCAAGCUUCAAUGGCCACUCCAUGAUCUUGUGCUGCUUGUGGCUCCUCAACCCCCCCCCCCCCCCCCCCCCCCCCCCCCCCCCCCCCCCCCCCNGUAGGAGCCACGUUAAUAUGUAAAAUAACUUUUCUUUCGAUCAGGCCUCUACGCAUGUGUAUACAGUGUGUGGUCGUUGUUCCAAACCUCUGCCGGUGAAUAAGUGUGGCUGGUACUGUGAGAGAUGUCGUUCCCUAGUUCCGCCUUGCUCCAUAUGGUAAGUAGAUUUCUUUCAAUCUACAAAUUUAGGGCCGUUUUUUUUAAAUGAAAAAUAUAAAUUAAUGAUAUGAACUCUAAAAAUUGUAAAUAAGUGUCAAGGAGUGGCGUUGUUACUUCAGGCGCCUAUAACCCGGAGCGAGCAACUUCCGUGCGCUUGUUUUACGGCGUUUUCACGGACCAGUUUGUUUUUAGAACGGUUUGGGCGCGAAUUUUGAAUAUCUUUUAAAUUCCACAAACCAGUCAGCAGAACCUACAAACCUAAAAAAAUGAUUUUUUUUUUGCCUUUUAAUAACGUUCAGUUUUCCUUUUUUAUAUCUUAUACUUCGAACGCGCCCGUAGACAUGGUGGAGGUUCUAUUUUCGCGGCAAAAAGCGCCCUAAAAUGUGUCUAAAAAUACACUGGUCCGUAAAAACGCCGUGACAUAGGCCUAGUAUGGGAGUAGCCUGCGUGGCAGGCGUUCGAAAGAGAAGGGGAAGGGAAUUAGGGCGUGAGACCACGCGCGAGGAUCUCCUUCCUCGCGCGCCCCUCGCGUUUCUCUCGCGCCUAAAACUCCCUUUCCCUUCCCUUUCAAACGCCGGCCACGCAGGCUAGUAUGGGAGUUGCUUGCUGUGGGUUAUGGGCUCCCGGUUACUUUUAGUACCACAUUCCAGGCAGCUUUGGAGGUUUAUUUUUUAUCGGUCUCUUUUAUGAAGCUAACAUCUGGGCUCUUAUAAAACAAAUACUCAAAGUUUGGUUUUCUCAUCCAAGUUCACAACCACUAAAAGAUUGAAAAGCUGAUGUUUCAAGUGCUACCUUCGCUGGAGCGAAUCGAGGGAUUGCUUUCGCGAACAUUAUCGAGAUGUUGAAAGAAAUAAGAAAGGUUUUAUCAAAACCAUGCACGUACCAUUUCAGCCUUCAAGGCAAAACUUUAUUUUUCAGUUGGCACUCUCAAUCCCAACAGAAGCCAUUUUAAAGUCAUUUCAUUCAACUUUCGUGUUACUGUUUUCCUACCAAUAGCUUUGCGCCCUCUCGAUGUAUAAACCAAACACAGCACACUCCCGGGUGGGGGAGGGGUGGGGACUCCCUUUAAUGGCCUAGGUUCGGCCCGAAAGGCGCCAGGUAUAUCAAACGGUUGGGAAUACACGAGAUGACGUAUUUGGAAAGGUAGGGAAAAUCUAUCAUCAAAGUAUUUAAAAGGGCCUGGCUAUAUCACUUUAAUUUAUUUAACGUUACACGAAAAUAACAAGACUUCCCGUUUAAGCGAUUUAUUCAAAUCAACUAGUUAUGUUAAAGGGGAGCCAUUUUUGAAUGGAAUUAUUUUUCUGUCAAAAAUUGUGCAUAAAAGGAUAAGGAGUUGCACCCUGGGGCGAAGCCUCCCCGUAUAUAACUUAAGGAAGCGUAAGCAACGACGACGGCGACGGCAACGAGAACGGCAAAGAAGCAAUAGGAUUAGAUUGGCAAAAAAACAACUUCGCACAUGCAUCACGCUUUUUUGUACAUUUCUUUGCCGUUGCUUCACGACUUCAACGUAAAGGUGCCCAUUUUCAAGUUUUGUCGAAGAAGUGAACACAAGACAACGACUUUCUUUUUCUUUUCCUGAACUUCGAUACAGUCUGUUAGAAUUCAACUCCAGAAAAAUUUGCCAACAUUUAACGAACUGAACGAGUUGGAAUAAGCGCGAUAAAGUUUGAAGUAGCGCGAAUUCACUUUUUAAGUGACGUUUACGAGGCCGUCGCCGUCGUUUUUGCUUAAGCUCCCUUUUUUGAGUCGCCCCCGCCCGGGCUCCCGGAGAUUCGCUCUAUCUAAGAGUUCGCUCGAAACAUCAGCAAGUCAUUUUUUGACGGGGGUUGAAUUGAUAAAACCAAACUUUAAGUUUCAGGGAUAUUAGACUUUCAAAACCAACACCUUCAUUCUUAUUAAAGGUUCUAUGUUAAGGUAUUUGUCGUCGUUUGAAAAAAAGCUAAAACUAGUCGUCGCAUCAGUUGAAUUCCAAUGGUCCAGAGUUGUCACUUAAGACUAUAUUUUAGCCUGCUGUUCAGGCGUUUUCUUCGGGCGGGCGAAUGUUUUUUCUCGCAAAAUUGCCAUGUUGAGACUCUAAAAGGGAGGAGGACCUACCCCUAAGGGUUGCUAUUUCUACUCUCCCCAAUCUUCCCGCAGUACAGGCUAAACUAUAUUUAGGUAUUGAAACUGUUUCCCGUCGUCAGUUGGAACGGAUGGCAUGGAUGGAAAUGGAUUGAAACUUGACAAAGUUGGGCCAGUUUCUUCAAGCGUUACUUCUAUGGCCGCACUAACUUUUUCUCUUGUUUUAGUCAUCUAAUGGUAAAGGGGCCGAACGCUUGGUGCCAAGGCUGCGGUCAUGGGGGACAUCUUCUUCACAUGCAAGAGUGGUUCACAAAAUAUAUCUGGUGUCCUGCGGGUUGUGGACAUAUGUGCGAAUAUACGUAA